AUGCCAGAACAACUUUCGGAAGACGAGCUGCUUCGAGGAAAGAGCUUUUUCAAGAUUACCGGGCAGCUCAGAGCUCUCAAUAGACCAGCUUUUGUAAGUUUUAGCAUAUUUCUGGAAAAUGCUUACUAUUUUUUAAAGACCUGUCCACAAUGUUUGAUUAUUCAUCCGAGCGAACUUGCUCAACGUUGUCACCAGAUCUUUCAACACGGAAAUCUGACCGCUUUGAGAAAGAAACUAGUGGUUCAACAGUCAGUUUUUGAACAAUUUUUCAACUGAACUUAUCUUUUUUUCAGAACCAAGUCCUUCACAGAACUUCUGGACGGGAGAGAUAUGUCGGUUCUGAAUCAUAGGCACCUCAUGAAAGAACCACUGAAUCUUCUGGAGUCAGAACUGCUAUCCUCUGAAACUCUUGCUCGUUUUAACACAAUUCACGCAGCUCGCCAACCGAAAAACCUGAAUAAAAGAAAAAGAAAAUUUGAGGAAAGUAAAAAGGCACAAGUAAUCAAGAAGGAUGAAGAUGAGAAUCUCGAAGAGGUAACAAUUAAUUUAGGUUUUUUGAUCUGUCAUUCAUUAUUUUUUCAGGCUGAUAUCAAUCGGCAACAAUCUCUCCAUUGCUCACUUGAAGAUUACUUAAAGGAAAUCGAGACUGAAUACAAAAAACUGCAAAUGUCAUUUGAGAGAAGCAGUUAA